AUGUCUAAAAUCACCGUCGCCGCCAUAGCUGCGGCCAGUGCGGCCACCGGAGCCGGUCUGACAGCCCUGAUCUAUUCCUCUAGACCGUUGCAACCUCCCCAACAACAGCAACAGUCACAGAAACUCCCUCCGACACAGCUGGGAACCACCAUACCUCCCUCCCAACCUGCGCCUCCUUCUCUCGCUUCCAAAGCUUCCGGUGGUUCCCCCGUCGACCCCUCCGGUAUCUACCAAUAUGGCUUCCCCGGUCCCGUGGCCGACACCCUGAACUCUCUCCCCCUGACAGGGGCAUACGAUCGCCGCAUGCGCAAUCCCGCCUGGGUAGCCGAACACAUCACACCAGCCUCCCUGGCGCAGAAGAACGCGGAUCGGAAAAACAGCACCUUCUUCGAAGACACCACCAUCCCAACGGCAUUCCGCGCCAAACUGGCCGAUUAUUUUCGCUCGGGCUACGAUCGCGGCCACCAGGUACCCGCCGCGGACGCCAAAUGGUCGCAAGGCGCGAUGGAUGCGACCUUCGCGCUCUCCAAUAUGUGUCCGCAGGUUGGUGAGGGCUUCAACCGCGACUACUGGGCCCAUUUCGAGGAUUUCUGUCGUAACCUGGCAAAUAAGUACCCCUCAGUGCGGAUCGUGACGGGACCUUUGUAUCUGCCCCAUCGAGACCCGGAUGGGAAAUGGCGUGUUUCCUACGAGGUGAUUGGGAACCCGCCGAACGUGUCUGUGCCAACGCAUUUCUACAAGGUGAUCUAUGCGGAGGAGGGGCCGGCGGGGAAGGUGGCUUUGGGCGCGUUUGUCCUGCCGAAUGCUCGCAUCUCGAAUGAUCGACGGUUGGCUGACUUUGAGGUGCCCUUGGAGGUGGUGGAGCGUGCCAGUGGACUUGAGUUCGCGAACAAGUUGGAGCCGAGUCGUCGCAAGCGUCUGUGUCAGGAGGUCAAGUGCGAGGUCACGGUGCGUGAGUUCAACAAUGCAGCCAAGCGGACUUAG